GUAAAACAAGGUCUGUUACCUAGCUUGGAAGAUUUGCUGUUCUAUACAAUUGCAGAAGGACAAGAGAAAAUACCUGUUCAUAAAUUUAUUACAGCACUCAAAUCUACAGGAUUGCGAACAUCUGACCCCAGGUUGAAAGAGUGUAUGGAUAUGUUAAGAUUAACUCUUCAAACAACAUCAGAUGGUGUCAUGCUAGACAAAGAUCUUUUUAAAAAAUGUGUUCAAAGCAACAUUGUUUUGUUGACACAAGCCUUCAGAAGAAAGUUUGUCAUUCCCGACUUUAUGUCUUUUACCUCACACAUCGAUGAGUUAUAUGAAAGUGCUAAAAAGCAGUCUGGAGGAAAGGUUGCAGAUUAUAUUCCUCAACUGGCGAAAUUCAGUCCUGAUUUAUGGGGUGUGUCUGUUUGUACAGUAGAUGGGCAGAGGCAUUCUAUCGGAGAUACCAAAGUUCCCUUUUGUCUCCAGUCCUGUGUAAAACCUUUGAAAUAUGCCAUUGCUGUUAAUGACCUUGGAACUGAGUAUGUGCAUCGAUAUGUUGGGAAAGAGCCAAGUGGAUUAAGAUUCAACAAAUUAUUUUUAAAUGAAGAUGAUAAACCACAUAAUCCUAUGGUAAAUGCUGGAGCAAUUGUUGUGACUUCAUUAAUAAAGCAAGGAGUAAAUAAUGCUGAAAAGUUUGACUAUGUGAUGCAGUUUUUAAAUAAGAUGGCUGGUAAUGAAUAUGUUGGAUUCAGUAAUGCAACGUUUCAGUCUGAAAGAGAAAGCGGAGAUCGAAAUUUUGCAAUAGGAUAUUACUUAAAAGAAAAGAAGUGUUUUCCAGAAGGCACAGACAUGGUUGGUAUAUUAGACUUCUAUUUUCAGCUAUGCUCCAUCGAAGUGACUUGUGAAUCGGCCAGUGUGAUGGCUGCAACACUGGCUAAUGGGGGUUUCUGCCCAAUUACUGGUGAAAGAGUACUGAGCCCUGAAGCAGUUCGAAACACACUGAGUUUGAUGCAUUCCUGUGGCAUGUAUGACUUCUCGGGACAGUUUGCUUUCCAUGUUGGUCUUCCUGCAAAAUCUGGAGUUGCUGGGGGCAUUCUUUUAGUUGUCCCCAACGUCAUGGGCAUGAUGUGCUGGUCUCCUCCUCUGGACAAGAUGGGCAACAGUGUGAAGGGAAUUCACUUUUGUCAUGAUCUUGUAUCUCUGUGUAAUUUCCAUAACUAUGAUAAUUUGAGACACUUUGCAAAAAAACUUGAUCCUCGAAGAGAAGGUGGUGAUCAAAGGGUAAAGUCAGUGAUAAAUCUUUUGUUUGCUGCGUACACUGGAGAUGUGUCUGCACUUCGAAGAUUUGCUUUGUCAGCCAUGGACAUGGAACAGCGGGACUACGAUUCUAGAACAGCACUCCAUGUGGCUGCUGCUGAGGGUCAUGUUGAAGUCGUUAAGUUUUUGCUGGAAGCCUGCAAAGUAAACCCUUUCCCCAAGGACAGGUGGAAUAAUACUCCUAUGGAUGAAGCACUGCACUUUGGACAUCAUGACGUAUUUAAAAUCCUCCAGGAAUACCAAGUCCAGUACACACCUCAAGGAGACUCCGACAACGGGAAGGAGAACCAAACCGUCCAUAAGAAUCUUGACGGGUUGUUAUAAUGGUCUUAAGUCCCAAGAUUUAAAUCACUUACCUAUUUAAUUGUGGAAAAUGAUUAUGAAGAAUGUGUGUAUUUCUAUCUGGUAGUGGUGUACGUUUUACAAAUUUGUCAUUUCAGUGUUACUGGAAUUUUCUUCAUUGUGCGCACAGGACAAAUCUGAUCUCUUUGGGGAAAAAAAAAGAAAUAAAACAAUCUCCCUCCAUAAUGUGAGCAAUAUUUACCUCGUGCAUUGUACAAUUUGAUGUAAAAGAAAUAGUUAUCAAUGCUAGCUUAACUGUGUGGUCUUCAUAAUUCAUUUGUGUGUUUUGUGAAUUUCCAAUUUAUGGUGAUGAUCUGCCAACAUGCAUUUGUAAAUUAAGCUCUGUUGUACAGUCUGUCCCAAUGGGUCAGGGCUGCUUUUAGAAGCAAAUAGUGUGAUUUUCAAGACUUCGAAUAUAGGUUUAGUUUGAGUGUUUGAAAACUAUAUGCACUUCGGGUUGUAUGUUUAAAAUGUCUCCCUCACCCUAGCUUCAUGGUGUGACUCCUGAGAAAUCCUAAUAGUUAACAACUGUUAGUAGGCAGGCCGAUUCUGAGUAGACUUUAUCAGGGAAUCUGUUUAAGAUAUGUUUGGUGACCAAAACAUAUGUGUGAAUGUAGUUAUUAUAAUACUUUUGAAAAAAUUUCCUUUUUCUAUAUCCCUUUAGCCCAGCCUCUCUUCUCAGACAUGGAGCUGUCAGCUUCUUUCCUUCAGCUGGGAAGUGAGUGCUGGAAUACUAUGCAGUUUUCAUGUUAUCCACAGUAGGUCAGAAGAUGCCUCCUGUUUCUGGCAUCAGCGCUAUAACUUCACCAUUUGUCUAUAGAAGAUGAACCAGAGACAAAAUUACUAAGCUAAGUAAAAACAAGUCAAAUUUGUCAGUCUAAAAAAGCAAAGGGGUGCACUACUGCAGCUCUUCAAGAAGGUAUUUUUUAGCUUCUAGGAUAAAGAUAAAUUCAGAAAUGCUCUCAGCUACCAAAGUGAUCCUGAUAGUAUAAGAACUGCUACAAACAGCAUUUGUCUUCAAGCCUGUCAUUAAGAGACUACAUCAGGCUAUCUGUCCUCCCUGGGACCACUGGAUCACUCCAAAUUUCUUCUGACUCUGUUGUAUAAUCUGGUGGGCCUAUAGAUCAUUUCAUUUUGGAUUGAGCCCACCAUUUGUCUAGGGAGGUGAUUCACGAUUCAGAUGGAAAGUGGGUAACGGGCUUCAAAGCAAAGCGAGCAGGAGUCUCCAGGACAAGCACAGAUGUCUUCUGUCCUGACAUACCUCAGAGAUGGAGGGUGUGUUGGUGAGAUUUCUGAUAUGAAGCACACACACACGCACACACAGAUGGACUUCUCCGAAGCUGUGUUUAGUGGAAUGAGCAGAAUCCUCAGCAACUUGAGCUAGUGGCUGUCACACACAGCCAUUCCCUUUUUGUCUGAUCAGCACAUGCCUCUGCUUCUAGACUGCUUUACAAUGCCAGAUGGCACCUGCUCACUCCUGUAGCCACCACGUGCUUUGGUUUUUCCUCCAGGCUGAGUGGGUGGCUCUGGCUGCUGCUCUCCCAUCACCCCAGCGGCACCUCCUAUGCUGGGACCAUGGCCGGUAUUCUUGGCUGCAUGAGGCUUGGGGCUGCUCCCACGUCAUCCAUGGGCAGUGGGGGAUGGGCAGAGUCCUGCUGCACAUUCCCACCCCCCAGGGCCGUCGGGCUGUAGGGACAGGUGGCACCUGCAGCAUAAUCCCCAAAGACACUACAGGGUACACACAUUUUCACUGAAGUCAACUGAGAUGACUGCUCAAAGAGCUUGCUGUGUGAUUAAAGUGACACUGAAGACGGUCAAAUGUGUGGCUUGAAGAUCACCAGUGAUGUUGAGGCUCUCCUAUCCUAAGAAGCACUUCUAAGUAGGAUUUGGGAACAAGGACCGUUCUCUUUUCUUAGCUCAGUGGCGCUCUGUAAACCUCUGUCAUUCGGUUAACGUGCCCAGUUGGCCGUGACACUCCAGCUGUUUGCUGCGUGCUGGGCAUGAGGAACUCACUGUAGGAUGCUUGCUCACUGUGCUCUUAGCUGCUGCCGUCAGUGAACGCCAAAGAUCUUUCCGUGUUGGCUUUAGGAUCACAUAUGCUUUUUGUGUAUCACAAAAGCUCUCUGGGCAUGUUCAUCUCAAGCUUUGCACACACGUGUCUUGCUGGCGUCACCCUUGGUGACACGCAUACCCACGGCUGCCCGCGCCACCCUGCAGCUGCAGAGCUGGAUUAGCUGUUGACCGCCUGAUGCCAUCACCUGUCUGGCAGAGACGGAGUGACCUGAUGUUGGGUUUAGACUCUUCCUGAGGUUACACAGCUAUGAAUGUAUUUGCUUCCCAAAACUCCCAAAGUGAAUCUAAAUACUAGAAGUUGUAAGUAUUCUGAAACUGGAAACAUUUAUUUUAAAUGAAAUCAGGUAGUGUUGCUUUUUACAGCAUAAUAAAUACAUGUAUCAAAAUAAAAAA